AGGUCUACUGGGGUUGCAGAGCUGCCAGCUUGCUGCCGGUGAUGUCAGCAGCGGUGCCGGACAGCAGGACCACAGGUGGCUGUCCCAGCCCUGCGAACUGCCUCGCCAUAAACCCCACUGGGAAGCUGAUAACGAUGGGGCUGAAGUCCAACGCGGGGCAGGUCCUGGGGAGCAGAUUCCAGCUCUGGGCUCACGGCGUGGCUUCCCCCACCAGCCCCGUGCCUCUCCUGGCUCUAUUUUACCGUCGCUGCAGCCCUGAGGCCAAGAUGUCCGGACAGGCAGCGCUCGCCCUCCUGCUGCUGCUGGCCAGGACUGUCCUCCCCAGCGGGUCCAUAGUCAUCAACAGCUGCAGCAGCACGGCCGAGCAGCUCUGCAACUUCGUCUGUGACUGCAGCAACUGCUCCGAUGAGAACCAGUGUGGGUACCUGUGGGGCUCGGCAGUGCUGGGCACACCCUUCACCUGUGAUUUUGAGGAAGGUGACUGUGGCUGGCAGGAUGAGAGCACCUCAGCUUACAGAUGGGUCCGGAGCCGGGCCAGCCUGGCCACGUGGGGCACAGGGCCCCACUCAGACCACACUGUGGGCACCAACCUGGGGUGGUUCAUGGUGACUGUGUCCCCCCCAACAAAGACCACAGCCACGGCCUGGCUCCGGUCACCGGUGAUGCGGGAAGCAGCCGCCACAUGUGAGAUCAGAGCCUGGUACCACCUCUCGGGAAGCAGGCUCAACCAGACAGAGUGGCCGGUGCUGCGGCUGGCCAUGGCAUACAGGGACGAGGUGGUGGGGCUGUGGCAGAGCCCCAAGCGUGAAGGCGAGGGCUGGCACCAGCUGGUUGCCUACCCAGGCCGCAUAGCGGAGCAGUUCCAGCUCAUCUUCACCCUGACACAACUGCCCACACACGAGGCAGAGCUGGUGCUUGAUGACAUUGUCUUCAGGAACUGUGGCGUGCAGGAGCCCGGGCAGCAGCUCUGCGGGGCAGAGGAGAGCCGCUGCGGACGGGGCUCCUGUCUGGCACAGCACCGCUUCUGCGAUGGCACUGACGACUGCGGGGAUGGCUCGGAUGAGGAUCCAACAUCGUGCAAGUCCUUCACCCUCUGCUCCUUUGAGCAAGAUCUCUGCAGCUGGGUGGCAGAGGUCGGACAGCCAGCAUGGGAGAGGAACACGAGCCUGAACCUGGGGACUGGCUACAGCAUCCCCAUGCGGGAUCACAGCAAUAACAGCAGGGCAGGUUUUUUCCUCCACGUAGGCAGUUCCUCAGCCACAGCUGCCAGCGGCACGGCACGGCUCAGCAGUCCCACUUUCCAGGCCACCAACUCUUGCUCUCUCAUGCUGUACUGCCACCUCCAUGGCUCGGCCACGAGCAGCCUCAGCAUCUCCUACAUGACCAAAUCCACCAAGCAGCUGGUGAGGGAGAGGACAGGGGACCUGGGCAGCUUCUGGGUCCGGGAGAGAGUGGACUUCAAUGUGACAGAGAGCUUCAAGGUGCUGAUCGAGGGGGUGGCUGGCAGCGCAGGGACCGUGGCCAUUGAUGACUUGAUCCUGUCUCCGGGCUGCAAGCAGGAGCAGGAGAAACCUUUGACCACGAUGCCGAGCCGGGUGGGUGCUGGCCCCUGCACGGCUGAGGAGGUGGCCUGUGACAGCGGGGGCUGCAUUGGCGCGGAGCUGGCCUGUGACUUCUCUGAGACGUGUGCCGAUGGCUCCGACGAGAAGCGCUGCGGAGCAACCACCUUCGAGGAGGGGGACGGGGGCUGGCGUGAUGUCAGCGUGGGGCGGCUGCGCUGGGGCGUGCAAAGGGGCACUGAGCUCGCUGACACCGUCCUCACAGGGGCUUUCCUGGCCCUCCAGGCAGGAGAAGGACAGAUGGUGGCUGCUGCGAAGGCACGCACGCCUCUGCUGGGCCCCUCCGGACCCGCCUGUGCCAUGGAGAUGAGCUACCACAUCCACAGCGGCCCCCAAGGCUUCCUUGCCGUCAGCAUCGCAGAUCACACCACUGGCACCACCCAUCUGGCCUGGCACAUGCAGGGACCCAGCGGCACUGCCCAGGGACACGUCCGUGUCCUGAUGGGAGAGAGGACCCGAGCCUUCCAGGUCGAGCUGCUGGGGCUGGUGGAUCUGCAGGACUCGGCGAGUGCAGCCAUCGACAACGUGACAUUUGUGCAGUGCCACCUCAACAUGGUGCCACCAGGGGCCACAGAACUGUCCUGCAACUUUGAGAGAGGCAUGUGUGGCUGGUACCAGGAUCAGUCCAGUGACUUCAAAUGGGUCCGUGGCAUGGGGCAGGGGCAGGGCUCCGACCACACCACUGGCUCAGGCUACUUCUUGGCUGCGGACCCCUCUGUGCCGUGGAGCCGCGGGCAGCAGGCACAGAUCAUCACCUACAGCCAAGAGCCCACUACCACCCCGCGCUGCCUCUCCUUCUGGUACCGCUUGGCUGGCCCGCAGAUUGGCACCCUGAACCUCAAGAUGCAGUUGGAGGGAGUGGAAGAGACAGUGCUCUGGACCCGCCGGGGGACCCAGGGCAGUGUCUGGCACCGGGGAUGGGCAACACUGCCUGCCACAGGCCGGCGGCGAUACCGGGUGGCCUUCGAGGCUCUGCGGAAUGGGUUCCUGGGGGACAUGGCGCUGGAUGACCUUGUGCUGACGGCGGGGCCCUGUGGGGCUGAGCUCUCCUGCUCCUUUGAGGCAGGCAGCUGUGGGCUGGCAGCCAGUGGGCAGCACAGUUGGCUCUGGCAGAGCAACGGCACGGGCACCACAGCUGGCCCUGCGGCUGACCACACGACUGGCACCACGGCAGGCCAUUACAUGGUGGUGAGCACAGGCAGGGGCUCCCUGCCUGCGGGGCACGUGGCUGCCCUCACCUCCCAGCCCUACCGGCCCUCUGCACCCACCCAGUGCCUGGCCUUCUGGUACCAGCUGAGCGCCGGGACCCCAGGCUCUCUGGGGAUCUUCAUGGAGCAGAGUGGGGUGCGGAGGAAGGUGAUGGGCGUGAGCACCAUGGAAGGGGACAUGUGGCACCGUGGCCACGUCACUGUCCGGCCCGAUGGAGACUGGCAGGUAAUAUUCGAGGCAGUGGGAGCUGGGAGCAACCAAGGGUACAUCGCACUGGAUGACCUGCAUGUGUCGGAUGGACCCUGCCCUGAGCCAGCAUCUUGUGACUUCGAGCAGGACAUGUGCGGCUGGAGCAGCCCCUCGGACCCCCACCUGCAGGGCUUCGCCUGGGGCUGGAAGAGCGGGGUCCCCCUUGCUAAGUACCCCGGCCCUGAGCAGGAUCACACCCUGGGCACAAAGAAUGGUCACUACAUGCACUUCGACACCAGCGUGCUGGGCCCAGGAGGCACCACUGCCCGGCUGGAGAGCCAGCACCUGCCUGCUGCUGCCGACUCCUGCCUGCAGUUCUGGUACCACAUGGACAUCCCGGAGCACCUCUCUUGUGGGGAGCUGCGGGUGAUGCUGCACGGCAUGGCGGGGCAGCGCACGCUGUGGAGCGUGGCGGGACACCGGAGCUGGGGCUGGCAGAGUGGCAUGGUGCCUGUGCGGAACCCCAGCGAGUUCCAGAUCAUCUUUGAGAUCACCACGCAGAAGUGGCCAAUCGAGGGGACGGUGGCACUGGAUGACAUCGUGUACAGCACCGGGGGGGGCUGCCAUUCCAGCCUGGAGGUGCCAGUGGAAGAGAAACCCUCCAGCAGCUUUGUGGCAGAGGUGGUGCUCAGUCUUCUCCUGGCCAUCAUCAUCCUGGCACUGGUGGCUGCCGGAGGCCGUUACUGGCUGAAGCGGCAAGGGCUGGCAAGCAGGACACCAGCGGAGAGCAACACACCCCAGGGCUUUGACAACAUCACUUUCCGAGAUGACAAGGUCAUUAUAUCUCCAGUGCCAAAAGAGGAGGAUGAGGAUUGAAAUAAGGAGCAUAAUUGCCUCCUCAGGCCUGCGAGGCGUAGGCAGGGCAGAGCAUCCCUCCAGCCAGACCUCACACUCCAGCACCCACCUCUGGCUCUCAGCAUUCCACACCAGGGAGCUGCACGGGUGCUUGUCAUGGGGUGCCAACCCCCCAGAGGGACGGGCCACUGCUCCCACUGCCCCCAAGCGCUCGGGAAAAACGUUUUUGGCUUUUGUAACAUCAACU